AAUCCUUAAAAUAAUAAUAUAUAAACGUGUUAGUUUCCGGAACACUUUCGAAAGUUAUGUUGAAAAAGUUAAUUUUUUGUGAAAAAGUUAUUAUUUUGAAUCCCUCCUGUGGGCAGGUAAGGGGUUAAUUUAAACCUGCCAAAUAAUCUAUGCAUGUAUGUAUUAAAAAUUAAUAAAUAAAUGAACAUACUUUUUAUUAUUGCCUAAUGUUUUAUAAUAUAUUUUAUUAAAAAAAAGAAAUUGUAUUAUUUGAAGAGUUGAUAUGAUAACUAUGUUUAGCUUCGAUAAAAUAAUAGAUUUUAGAACUGAUAUCGAGGGGAAGGAAGAGGACCACCACGGGUCUCUGAUGUAAAAAUGUCAAGGUUCUCUAAGGAAAAAUUAAAAAACCCGUCUAUGUUAGGAAUUAAUAGUAAAUCUUACCAAAGCUUAUUCAACUUAGCUUGUAUUAUAGAGCAAAGAAAAACCAUAGUAUCCAUGUCUUCAUUAUCUGAAACACAUAAGAUGUUACACCGGACAUGCAGGGAAUUUUCAGAAGCAGAAUUAAAACCUAUUGCUUCUAAAACUGACCAAGAAAAAAUAUUUCCCAAGAAACAAAUAAAAAAAAUGGGAGAGUUAGGACUUAUGGCAAUUUGUAUUCCACAAGAUGUUGGUGGUACAGGUCUUGACUGUAUGUCAUAUGCAAUUGCUACAGAAGAAAUUUCUAGAUGUUGUGCAUCAUCUGGUACUAUUAUGGCUGUUCAUAACAUGUAUCUUAACGUCAUCAAUUAUUUUGGUAACGAAAAACAGAAGGAAGAGUUUAUUAGGCCAUUUGUGGAUGGUGAAAAUAUUGGUUCAUUCUCCAUUAGUGAGCCAGGUUCUGGGAGUGAUGCGAGUGCAGUUAAGACAAAAGCUAUUAAAAAGGAUUCACUUUACUACAUUAAUGGAACAAAAGCUUGGUGUACAAAUGGAUAUGAAUCGAAAGCCGCUGUUGUUUUUGCAUCAACGGAUCCUUCAAAAAAACAUAAGGGUAUAAGUGCAUUUUUAGUGAAAAAGAAUUUUCCAGGAUUUUCUGUGGGAAAAAAAGAAAAUAAAUCAGGUAUACGUGGAACUUCGACUUGCAAUUUAAUAUUUGAAAAUUGCCCAGUACCAGAAGAAAAUAUUCUUGGAGAACUUGGAAAAGGAUUUAAUUAUGCAAUGAAAGUUUUAGAUGGUGGCCGUAUAGGGAUUGCAGCUCAAGCAUGUGGUAUUGCUCAAGCUUCUCUAGAACUAGCAAUUGAUUAUGCUAAUAAAAGAACUGCAUUCGGAACUCCGAUUUCUAAAAUGCAAACAAUUCAGAAUAAAAUUGCUGAUAUGGCUUUAAAAUUAGAAAGUGCUAGACUGUUGACUUGGAGAGCCGCAUCUUUGAAAGACAUGAACAAACCACAUACGAAAGAAGCUGCAAUGGCAAAAUUAGCGGCUUCUGAAGUAGCAACGUUUAAUGCUCAUCAAUGCAUUCAAAUAUUAGGUGGUAUGGGUUAUGUGUCAGACAUGCCAGCUGAACGAUAUUAUAGAGAUGCGAGAAUAACAGAAAUAUACGAAGGGACGUCUGAAAUCCAAAAAAUUGUUAUCGCGGCUAAUAUAUUAAAAGAAUACGAAUAAUAAUUCGAUCAAAUGUAGACUAAAUUAUUUAUAAAUACUUAUUACAAGUUAUAUGUAUUAUUAUUUGUGCGAGAACAAAUAUGUUUAUAGUAUAUAUUUUGUAUGUUUAUUAAAUGUGAUCCAUUUAUUAUAA